GGUGGCGCGCAGGCUGCAGGGAGUCAGAUUUCGGUUUUGCUCCUGCGGACCUUUGCAGAGCCUGGAGACCGGUGAGACGGAGAAGGGACCCGGCAUGCAGCGGCAGCCCGUGGAGGUGUUCCUGAGAGUCACGGUGCCUUACAUUUUUUACUGAGCACUGCUUUCUUAGACGUUAGCUGGGGAGAGGCUCACAACCACCCCCUUGCAAACAUUAGAUUUCCUAUUGUUCAGAUAGAUGCAGAAACUGAGGCUUAGAGACCUUAAGCGGCUUUCCUAAAAUCUAGUCUGGCAGGGUCAGGACUCCAGAACUGUCCCCUGUCCUUUCCACAGUUCUUUCUGCUAAUCUGGGGCGCCUCCUGAGUCCUGGAACAAACACGCGGUGUGGGUGGGACAAAAAGGCGUGAGCUCCUCACUCCCCGUGUUCUUAUUUCCAGAUUUUCUACCAUGAUUCAUUCUUAAAUCCCUUCGCCCCUCCAGCCUCUUUAUCAGUCUGGUAUAUUUUUCCAGAUCACUACGAUGCCACCCCACCCUAAAUAAAUCCCUUGGUUCUCUAGCCCUCCUCCCUCGCUCCCUUCCCCCUGGGGAGGAUUUUUCGGAGCCACGGGUCUGUUAUUUAUAUCCACUGGAGCGGUCCAAGAAAUGUUCAGAGGCUGACCUAAUCGCCACCUGCUCCUCGGCCUCCCUGCCCCUCCCGAUUCCCCCAGGGCCCGGUGACCCAGCGGCCGUCCCCGGCGGCCGGGAGACAGGAGGGAGCGUGGGGCCGCGGGGCCGCGCUGCUCUCUUCAGCAAGUCCAGUUCCUCCCCACCUCCCACUCCCUGAGGAGUGUGAGUACUGAGUACAUGCGCGCGGACUUUUAAACUGCAGCUUUAAAAAUAGCAAAAUUAUGUUGUUUCUAAAUCCGGAGGGACCACUGAUGCGUUCUUCAUGCAGAUGAAUCUGCUCACAAAAUGGAAAGAGGGCCUUAAGAAAAUGAACUGGGGUAAUUUCAGAAGGGAACUGGCUUGGCUGCAACACAGACAGGAUCAUUUUUAUUUCUGCAUUUGCGCCUGCAGCCCUUAGAAGAGACUUUUGGCAUCAGAAGACCUAGGGUAUUGUACCCCUUCUCACGGAGGACGCGAUGGCUCCCAGGAAACGCCCAGAAACCCAGAAGACCUCCGAGACUGUGUUACGCCUCAGGAACAAGAAGAACAGAAGUCCCCGGGAGCUGGCGCCCGAGGCCAAGAAGCUCUGCGUGAAGGGCUCCGGUUCUAGCAGAAGAUGUGACUCAGACUGCCUUUGGGCGGGGUCGGGUAGCCUGCAGGUCCCGCCACCAUGCCACAGCAUUGUCAGGACCCUCCACCAGUAUAGGUUGGGCAGAGCUGCAUGGCCAUCACUACAGCAGGGUCUCCAGCAGUCCUUUUUGCACUCUCUGGAUUCUUACCGGAUAUUCCAAAAAGCUGCCCCCUUUGACAGGAGGGCUACAUCCUUGGUGUGGCACCCAACUCACCCCAGCACUGUGGCUGUCGGUUCCAAAGGGGGAGAUAUCUUGCUCUGGAACUUUGGCAUAAAGGACAAACCCACCUUCAUUAAAGGGAUUGGAGCUGGAGGGAGCAUCACGGGGCUGAAGUUUAACCCUCUCAAUACCAACCAGUUUUUCGCCUCCUCAAUGGAGGGAACAACUAGGCUGCAAGACUUUAAAGGCAACACUCUACAAGUUUUUACCAGCUCAGACACCUGCAAUGUCUGGUUUUGUAGCCUGGAUGUGUCUGCUGGAAGCCGAAUGGUGGUCACAGGAGACAAUGUGGGGAACGUGGUCCUGCUACACAUGGGUGGCAAGGAGCUUUGGAAUCUCAGAAUGCACAAAAAGAAAGUGACCCAUGUGGCCCUGAACCCAUGCUGUGAUUGGUUCCUGGCCACAGCCUCCGUAGAUCAAACAGUGAAAAUCUGGGACCUGCGCCAGGUUAGAGGGAAAGCCAGCUUCCUGCACUCGCUGCCGCACAGGCAUCCUGUCAACGCAGCUUGUUUCAGCCCUGAUGGUGCCCGACUCCUGACUACUGACCAGAAGAAUGAGAUCCGGGUUUACUCUGUCUCCCAGUGGGACUGUCCCCUGGGCCUGAUCCCGCACCCUCACCGUCACUUCCAGCACCUCACACCCAUCAAGGCAACCUGGCAUCCUCGGUAUAACCUCAUUGUUGUGGGCCGAUACCCAGAUCCUAAUUUCAAAAGUUGUACCCCUUAUGAAUUAAGGACGAUCGAUGUGUUUGAUGGAAACUCAGGGAAGAUGAUGUGCCAGCUCUAUGACCCAGAAUAUUCUGGUAUCAGCUCGCUCAAUGAGUUCAAUCCCAUGGGGGACACACUGGCCUCUGCAAUGGGUUAUCACAUUCUUAUUUGGAGCCAAAAGGAAGCUGGGACACAGAAAUGAGAGACAUUAAAGAAGGUAUGGGCCAAACAAGGGCUUGGCAUCCACAAUGGGAAUACAUCCUGCAAGAAGAGGUGGCUAUUUGUUAAAGGUUCAGAAG